CGGCGGAGGGGACCUCCGUGGGGCCUCAGAACCAGCCUCGGAGCACUCAGGAGGCCCUGGGAGCAGGCGGGUUCUCUAGGGCCGCCCCUGCUGGCCUCACACUUUCUGGCUGUGCGCAUGGCUGGAUUGGUGGGGUCCGGGCCUCAGGUCAUCAUCUGUGAAAUGGGCGUAUGAAGGCCUUCUACCUUGGCUGCCCUGGAGCUGAGAUCAGCCAGCACCCUUAAAGUAUUACCUCUUCUGGGCUCAAGAUGGACAGCAAGAGGCGCCUGGCCUACGCCAUCAUCCAGUUCCUGCACGAUCAGCUCCGGCACGGGGGCCUCUCGCCCGACGCUCAGGAGAGCUUGGAAGUCGCCAUCCAGUGCCUGGAGACUGCAUUUGGGGUGACGGUGGAAGACAGCGAUCUCGCGCUUCCUCAGACUCUGCCAGAGAUAUUUGAAGCGGCUGCCACGGGCAAGGAGGUGCCGCAGGACCUGAGGAGCCCUGCACGAACCCCACCUUCUGAGGAGGACUCAGCAGAGGCAGAGCGCCUCAAAACCGAAGGAAACGAGCAGAUGAAAGUGGAGAACUUUGAAGCUGCCGUGCAUUUCUACGGAAAAGCCAUCGAGCUCAACCCAGCCAACGCCGUCUAUUUCUGCAACAGAGCCGCGGCCUACAGCAAACUCGGCAACUAUACAGGCGCGGUGCAGGACUGUGAGCGGGCCAUCUGCAUCGACCCCGCCUACAGCAAGGCCUACGGCAGGAUGGGCCUGGCGCUCUCCAGCCUGAACAAGCACGUGGAGGCCGUGGCCUACUACAAGAAGGCCCUGGAGCUGGACCCUGACAACGAGACGUACAAGUCCAACCUCAAGAUAGCAGAGCUGAAGCUGCGGGAGGCCCCCAGCCCCACGGGAGGCGUGGGCAGCUUCGACAUCGCCGGCCUGCUGAACAACCCUGGCUUCAUGAGCAUGGCUUCAAACCUAAUGAACAACCCCCAGAUUCAGCAGCUCAUGUCCGGCAUGAUUUCGGGUGGCAACAACCCCUUGGGAACUCCCGGCACCAGCCCCUCGCAGAGCGACCUGGCCAGCCUCAUCCAGGCGGGUCAGCAGUUUGCCCAGCAGAUGCAGCAGCAGAACCCAGAUUUGAUAGAGCAGCUCAGGAGCCAGAUCCGGAGUCGGACGCCCAGUGCCAGCAACGACGACCAGCAGGAGUGACGCCGUCCGCUCCCGGUGCGAUCGCGUCCUUCCCCGGCUGACUGGAAUCCUUCUGGUUGUCUGCCAUUUCCUCCUGUUGGACUGCCCGAGAGAGGGGAAGAGAGAGACCUCGGACCUGCAUGUCAAGAUGGAUUUUCCCCUUUUAUCUCUGUCCUCCUCCGCUCCCUUUUUGUAACUCCCUGACAGCCCCCAAACCCUUCUUGAACUGAGAGCCAGCAAGCUGAGCGCAGACCAGCAGCGACCUCCCUUCCAGCCCCCAGAAAGCUCAGUCACCUGAGUGUUUUCUAGAAUCCUGGGGGACUCCCGGGCCGCUCUCGGAGAAGCGACCGGUUUCACGUUCAGCCGUGUGGCUUCCAAAGCCUUUUACAGCCCCCGCCCCCCAUCCCGUGGUCUGUCUGCAGGAACUCUCCCGUCCGUGAGAAGCCGCUUUCCGAGUCGACCUCCCGGCCACCCUGGCCCCACGCCUGCUCGGGAGAGCUCACUGCCAGCCGCAGCCUGCGCGCCAUGGGCCAUGUGUGUUUGCAUGAGGAACUCUUUAGUGGCAGACACCUCAGAGACGGCUGCGGUCACCCCCGGCCUCUGCAGCCCAGGAGCCGUCCUGGGUGCAUAGGACCAGUUUCUGUGACUUUUCUCCAGUUGGGCGUGUUGACAGACAUGCGUUUCCCUCCUCCCAGCCUCAUUUUCUGGUCCUCGCGAUUGAGAACCGGGGCGACAUCAUGACCUUCUGUCCCAGCCGCCUUAGCCCCAGGCACAGGGAAGGCAGCUGGACCGUUUCUGUCUGUCCCAUCCUGCUGUCCUUCUGUCCUGGGUGUUUCAUGGACCCAGGGACCCCCCCAGGAAGCUUACCCCUCCUGUUCUGGGUGGAGGCCACAGGGCACCUCAGGUGCCACCCACCUUGGCACUAAAACAGCCACCAGGAAAGCAGCCAGAUAGCCGGACAGCAGGGGCCCUUUCUCAGUUCCUGAGGCCUGGGUGUGGCAGGUGAGCCCAUGCGCCGUGGUCCCGGCCGCAGGGUUGUCAGUCGGAGUGUCCUGGGGCUGCCUGGCUCUUGGCCGUCUGUGAGGUAGGCGCAGUACCGUGUGUCGUAGGUAACAGUAGGAACGGGGGCCGCCGCGGCCCUGCAGCCCCUCACGGUGGUGAGGUGUGUGCCGAGCCCACCCGGGGUGCAGGGCGUGACGUGUGAGGAAUAAAUAGGCAUUGUGACCUC